CAUUGGGAGGCAGGCAGGCGGCGACGUCACCUAGGCCACGCCCCCUCGCCGGCGCCGCCAUUUUUGCGAGGAAGCAAGGAGGAGAGGGGAAAUGAGGAGCCGUCUCUUGGGUCCAAUAAGGAAACCCAUAAUAUAGGAAGAUAAAGAAAUCCUCUCAAGGUGAUGAUCUUGCUGAAUUCUUGACCUCACAGAUAAGAAAGGAAAAGGAAGAGCCAAGGAUCUGUAUUGCAGUUCAAAACCCAUAUCAUUGUCGACAUGGAGGAACAAGCUUCUAAAGGGCUGGAGUGUCUGCAGCAACAUGAAAGUACUCACACUGGAGAGAAGCACUAUGAAUGCAUGCUGUGCGGAAAGAACUUCACUAAUAAUUCAAAUCUACGUGCACAUCAAAAGAUUCACACUGGAGAGAAACCCUACACAUGCCUGGAGUGUGGACAGAGCUUCACUCGUAAUGCACAUCUACGUUCACAUCAAAGGAUUCACACUGGGGAAAAACCCUAUACGUGCUUGGUGUGUGGAAAGAGUUUCACUGAGAGUGGACAUCUACGUGCGCAUCUAAGGACUCACACUGGGGAGAAACCCUAUAAAUGCCUGGAGUGUGGACAGAGCUUCACUAAUAGUUCAGGUCUACAUUCACAUGAAAGGAUUCACACUGGUAAGAAACCUUAUACAUGCUUGGAGUGUGGACAGAGCUUCACUCGGAGUCCAAGUCUACAUUUACAUCAACGGAUUCACACUGGGGAGAAACCCUAUACAUGCCUGGAGUGUGGACAGAGCUUCACUAAGAAUGGAAAUCUACGUUUGCAUCAAAGGACUCACACUGGAGAGAAACCCUAUACAUGCCUGGAGUGUGGACAGAGCUUCACUCAGAGUUCAGAUCUCCAUUCACAUCAGAGGUCUCACACUGGAGAGAAACCCUAUACAUGUCUGGAGUGUGGACAGAGCUUCACUCAGAGUACAGAUCUACGUUCACAUGAAAGGACUCACACUGGGGAGAAACCCUAUAAAUGUCUGGAAUGUGGAAAGAGCUUCACUCGGAGUUCAGAUCUACGUACACAUGAAAGGAUUCACACUGGGGAGAAACCCUACAAAUGCCUGGAGUGUGGACAGAGCUUCACUAAGAAUGGAAAUCUACGUUCACAUCAAAGGAUUCACACUGGGGAGAAACCUUAUAUAUGCCUGGAGUGUGGUCAGAGCUUCUUUCAGAGUUCAGAUCUACGUUCACAUCAAAGGGUUCACACUGGGGAGAAGCCCUAUAAAUGCCUGGAGUGUGGACAGUGCUUCACUCAGAGUUCAGGUCUGCGUUCACAUCAAAGGACUCACACUGGGGAGAGACCCUAUAUAUGUCUGGUGUGUGGACAGGGCUUCACUCAUAGUUCAGGUCUACGGUCACAUGAAAGGGGUCACACUGGGGAGAAACCUUAUACAUGCCUGGAUUGUGGACAGAGUUUCACUCGUACUGCACAUCUGCGUUCACAUCAAAGGAUUCACACUGGGGAGAAACCCUUUACAUGCCUGGAGUGUGGAAAGAGUUUCACUGAGAGUGGACAUCUACGUUCGCAUCAAAGGAUUCACACUGGGGAGAAACCCUAUACAUGCCUGGAGUGUGGACAGAGCUUCGCUCGUAAUUCAGGUCUACGUUGGCAUGAAAGGAUCCACACUAGGGUGAAUCCCUAGAAAUACAUAGAGUGUCGAAAGAGCUUCUCUGAGAGUUCCAGUGUACAUAGACAUAGAAUCCACAUUGGAAAGAACAGUAGUAUUUGACCACAGAGAAACUUCCUAAACUUUCCAAACUUUUCAUGUUGCUGAAAAACCUUUUAGACAUCCAUCUUUUCGCAUCAUGAUAAUUCAGUUUAACCAAUAACCAGCGAUUAAACCAACCCCUAAUAAGAUUUUGGAAAGUACAACUUAUCCACCUUAUUUGUGGUCACUAUCUUACUGGUUGCAUCUUUCCUGGAUUCACACAUGAAUUAUUAAAUCUGCCUGAAGAGUCCUAAAAUUUGAGCCUGUCCGGGACCAAUUUCAACAGGCAGGAAAGAGUUGUUAAUGGUCUCAUUUGAUUCCAUUAAUGUAGACUUGUUGCCCAUUUCCUAUCUAUUUGUAGUCCAUUUAUAUACUGAUUAGGGUGGUUCCCCCCCCCCCCCCCCCCAAUGGAUUGGUGCUGUAAUAGGGAUUGAAAGACUGUUUGCGGGUGGUGAGAUAUCAUGUGUAAAUAGCGUCUAUAUAGCCAACUGGGCAUAUCUUGCAAUAAUACCAAUUGCCAUAUAGAGGGGGGAGGGGGGAAUGAGUGUUUUGAAUUUAGCCAAUAGAUACAUUUAUGCCUUGGUUGUGAUGCCACCUAAGCACUGCACCAAGAUUUUUUCCCCCCUAAAUCUAUAAACCUUCGUCUCUUUAAUUGGCCAGACUAACACAUUAAAAGCUAUUUUUGUUGUUUUUAAAAUGCCCUUUAGAAAUCAGAUGGGAGAUUUUUAUUUUUGCUAACUUCUUUUUGUACAAAUGCUUCAUAAGGCAACCAAAACUGCUUCCUGCACAGGCAUCAGAAACAAAGUCCCCCCCCCCCCCCCCAAACUCAUUUGACAUACAUCAGAAUCGCAUGUGCUUACUUGGAAGUCAGUCCCACACUGUUCAAUGAGCUUACCCCUUUGUAGGUGUGUUUGUAGGAUAAGAGUUGUGAGGACGGAGAAGAGAAACCUUUGGCCACCCUAGAUGCUAGUCCAUCCGCAUCUGGAGGAACAUACUUUCCCCACUCUGACUCCGAACUGCUUUAAUCAAGUGUCAGCUUUACUUCUUCCAGUUACAGAGUGGCUGGUUGUUGCCGCCUCUGAUUAUUUCAAGGCAUGGCUUAUAUGUACCCUUUGUUAAUGUUUUGAGAAACAAGAUGUUUGGAUCAUAAGAGAAGCUGUUGUAUCGGUGGUGCUGACUCUCUCACCACCCCUCUGGGGCUGCUUCUGUUGCUGAUGUAGCAAUUUCCUCUGUGUUUUUUGCUGUCCAACUAUAACUGAAAAGGUAUGGGACCCACCCUCAGGGAUGGGGCAGCCGCACUAUGAUUCUGAUGUAAGAGACAAUCCUGGGAGAUAAGCUAUGAGAGAAAGCGGUGAGUCCCAUUAUGUAUUAACCUUUCAAGUGACAGAGAAGACCUCCGCUCUGCUCAUGGAGUCGUCACCUUUUCUGACCCUUGGAAUAGACUCAACACAUUUAAUUGUCCAAAGACCCCAAUUUCUUUUAGUUGGAGAUUUUAAAAGGAAGGUGUAUGACAUAACAGGGUUGCUUUCAUUCUGAAUGUGUGGUAGUUUCAGAAUCCAGGAGAAAUGUACAGGAUUACUAUAGUUUUAAUUCCCCCCCUCUAAAAUGUAAAUAAUACAGGAACAAAAUUGCUUUGUAACUGUUGAUCUCUCAGGAAUCGUCUCUGUUUCCAGGGAGGGCAACGCUGCCUCUGAACUGGAGGUGAAGAGUGGCUAAGCUGUGAUUCAUGGGUGUGGGGACAUGUUCUUGAGAUGUACGAGGGUUGAAUGAAAAGUAAUGCCUCCACCUUCAUAACUCCUCAACAGAUGGCAGUACUGGUAUGCGACAGGUACUGGCCUGUUCAGUAGACUCUCCUCUACAGUUCCAUUUGGUGGGAAGCCUUAGCAUUGAAUGGUUGUGUUGUUAAAGUGUGAAGUAUGGAACCCUGCGCAGGCAGUUAGUCAAUGCGACUUAAACAAAGUGCAGUCACUGAAUUCUUGACAGCAAAAGGUCUCACCCCAAAUUAGAUUCAUCAGAGAAUGCAAGCUGUUUAUGGGGAUUGCGUUGAUGUGAGUCCUGUGCAUCGUUGGGUGAGUAAGUUUAAAGAUGUUGAGGUGGGAACAUAUGACAUGCGUGACAAGCAAAGAGUUGGGCGUCCUGUGACAGCAACCACCGUGUUUCACAAGCAAAAGGUGGACAGAUUGAUUCAGGACAAUAGUCGUAUCACUCAGAGAAAUUUCAAGCAUAAUCAGCAUUUCACAAGAACGUGUGAAUCACAUUAUUGCUUUGCUUGGCUAUCGGAAGAUCUGUGCACGAUGGGUCCUGUGAGAUGCCGGUUGUGGAAACAGAGUGUCGACUUCUUCCGUGACAGCUUCAGAAAACUUGUUCAUUGUUGGCAGAAGUGUAUCCAAUUGUUUGGUGAUUAUGUGGAAAAGUGAAUAGUUGUAGUUAAUGAGCACAUUCUAAGGGAUGAUAUCUGCAUUUGAUUUAUUAAAAUAUUCCCAUCCAAACCCAAGUAACGAAGGUGGAGGCAUUACUUUUUAUUCAACCCUCGUAUCACAAGUGUGUUUCCAAAGCGCACUGCAGGGUUCAGAACACGGUUGGAUUUCCAUCCUGCCUCUCGCAUUAUCAUCAUCACUUGUUUCUGGAACCUCACUACCUAUUCUGUCGAUGAGUCAGAAUGGAUACAGCUUUGCUCUGUGCUGCUGACAGUUGUACAACUCGGAUUGGAUCAUGAAUUAAACUACCUUAUUUAGUGGUUAAGAUGGAGGAAGAGAAAUAUAGAACUUAAAUGUCACUGUUCUCAUAGGGUUUCUUCCAUACUUUUUUAGCUAAGGGUGUAGCUAUUUAGGUGUUAUCUCUUGGGUGUUUAAUGCGGCAAAUUUUCUGUUUCUCAAGGGAAUGUAACUUCUGUUUGCAAAGGCUGCUAGAGCCUCUGUUGUUUGUCCUACAAACUAAGGCCCCAUCUACACUGUCAUACAAAAUCCAGAUUGUCCAUUUCAAACUGGAAUAUAUGAGUCUCCAAUACCAUGUAGUCCAGUGCAGAACGAAUAGUCUGGAUUUUAUAUGGUAGUAUAUGGCCUUAGAGAAGGGAAGAUAUUUUAAUAAUCCAGUGCUGACUUCAGCAAUCGGAUUUCUUUCUCUUCUCUGCUGAAGGUUUCUAGUGUGUCUCUGAGGACGUCUUAAAUCUCUUUGUGCCUCAAAUUCCCCACUGUCAAAAUGGGGGGCAGCGGACUCCUAUCUCACAGGGUUGUUGUGAGGAUAAAUUUGUUGAUAUGUGCAAGGCACUCAGAAGAUGUGAGUGGUGAGUGAUGUAUAGAAGCCAAUAAAUUCUUUUAAAGUCCAAAAAAGAGAAGAUUUUGAAUAUAAAUAUAAUAAUGUAUAGAUAUUUUUUCAUAUAAUCUUGUCUGUAUAAACAAUUCUUGUGUAGUUUCCUCUAUAGCUUAUCCAGAUUUUAUUUUCUUAAUUUAUUCUGGUACUUAUUGUGCAAAUAACAAAAGUUGUAGUAGAAUCUACAUUUAAACCUCUCUGGAUAGUCUGGAUAGUUUUUAAACCAUGGCUGGAUAGCCUUCCACGGGUGCUUUGUCUUUCUGGCUGUUUGAAAAGGGCUGGACUAGAUGCCCUUUGGGGGUCCCUUCCAUCCUCAGUGAAGAAUAGACUGCUUAGGAGUCUUGAAUCUCCUGAAGAGGCUUAAGCUGAGGUUUCAUGGAAGUCUGUUGGGAGAGCUUUGACUGUGCCUUCCUUGCCUGGCUGAAGAGGGUCGGACUAGAUGCCCUUUGUGGGUCUUUUCCAGUGGGAGGUCAAAGGGAGCCAUUUUUCAUACGAUACGCCUGUGGACUACAGCCGACACACGAGUGUGUCACGGCACACAGUUUGGAAAGCUCUGAUCUAAAACAUACAAAGGCAAUGCUCAUUCAUGCUGAAAAAGGAGAGCACAUUGUUGGGAUAGUUUUAUCAUAUUGUGGUGCUUUUGCAGAAAGGCCUGAAAAUAUUGAACUCGAAUGCAUACGAUGUUGGACAAAAAUUGUAUACUUUAGAGACCCGGUUUUUGUUUCAUAGGAAUGCUGGACAGUCAUCUAGAAGCAACAUUUGGAAGAUGGUGGUCUGGCUCCCCUUAACACAGCUGUAUUCACUAAUUCUAAUGUAUAAUAUUUCAAAUUAAUAAAGGUGACAAAAGGGAGAA